AUGUCGAUACGUUCAGAACGUGAAAAAUCGAAAAUGCAGGAAAAAUAUCAAAUGAUAUUGGCACAAAUGCUCAAAGAAGAUGAUAAUCGCUUUUGUGUUGAUUGUGAUACAAAAAGUCCUCGAUGGGCUAGUUGGAAUCUUGGCAUUUUUAUUUGUAUUCGCUGUGCCGGUUUUCAUCGAAAUUUGGGUGUGCACAUAUCGAAAGUUAAAUCAGUUAAUUUAGAUUCUUGGACAGCCGAACAGAUUGCUUCGAUGCAAGCAAUGGGAAACAAUCGUGCGCGUGCUGUUUAUGAAGCUAAUCUACCUCCUGGCUUUCGACGACCUCAAGCUGAUUCUGCUCUCGAAUCAUUCAUUCGUGCUAAAUAUGAACAACGCAAAUGGAUUGCUAAAGAAUGGAUUCCACCAGAAAUAACGGUGUCUAGUGAUUUGAUUGAAUCUGAAACAAAUCAACGACGUGUAGAACCAACAGCUGACUCAGGACAAACAGAAAAACCUGUUAGCAAUAACAUUCCAAAAAUAAAAUCAUUCGCAGCACCAGCGCCAGCUAAUAAUCCAGUACGACAAGCAGGUAAUGAACGUUCAACACCAACCAAUCAGCCAUCGAUUACCCCUUCACCAUCAACAACAUCGAUCUCAACACCAAUUCAACCUGUGGCUGCUGGAAAUCCACCGAAUCUGCUAGACCUAGAUGAACCCUCAUUGCCAAUACCAGCGGCGACACCAACAAAUACAACUACUUCAAUAAAACCAACUCCAACUAAUAUUAUUGAUCCUUUGCAUGAGAUAUUUUCGGCAGGACCAACGGUAAACACAAACGUAGGCAAUAUAGCAACGCCAAACUUGGAUAUAAAUAUCGAAAGUGCGUUUUUAUCUUCAACUGAAACCAACUCUGCGACGAAUUCAAGCGGCGUUAUGACUAACGACAAAAUUAUGGCAUUAUUCAACACACCUUCAACAUCUAUGGGCGCACCUCUAGGAGCAAAUAUUCGACCGCCAAUGAUGCAGUUACCUCAAAUGAAUCCUGCUGGUUUUCCUCAACCACAAGCUCAACAACUUCAUUCUCAUCAUAAAUCAGCGUCAUUCGGUAGUAACCUCUAUCAGCAAUCGUCUCAUCCUGGAUUUCAAUCUCAACAUGGCCAUCUUUUCCCAACAACAACAACAACAAUGCCUGGAAUGCAUGCUAUGAACCAUAACAAUUCUAAUAAUAUGAGUUCACCUACUCUUCAAAAUACGCCGUCAACGUUUACGCAUGAUCAAUUAAAUAAUCAAUUUUCUCAGUUUGUUCCAUUUGCAAACUCAAAAACGAACACGUCGGCGUCAGCCUUAAUCUCUGGAAUGCCAACCCGUCCAGUAACAGAAUACAUGCCCGCCUCAUCAGAUCUACUUUGGCAAUAA